ACACAACUUCGUAUGGAAGUACUAAGGAACGUUCCUUUGGAAACUGUGAUUGGAAUAUUCGACUUCUCCCACUACAUCGAACUGGGCGUGCAUGUGCUUGGCUUUAUCGUAGCAUUUAUUUUUCUGUCAAGAUUCACCCGUUUACAAUCGCUUCACAUCAACCUCAGAUGGAUAUUUGCAAGUUUCAUCCUUACUGCUUGUAUUACGUCCGUGUGGCGAAUGUACUACUGUCUUGUGCGACUAACUAUAAUACCUGUCGAUCGUAUUAUUGAUGCUCUUGCUUUCGCUUUUGAUAUGCGUAAUGCUUCUAUUCUUGCGAGUAAGCAAAGUCAGCUCGAACAAUAAGUUAUAAGGCACAAAAGAGUUUAGGAGGGCUUCAUAUGAUACUAUUAGCUAUAGAGCGGCAGGUUGCAACUAUUCGAUCUAGGACUUAUGAAAACGAAGGCAAUAUUGUCCUUGUAAUCGUCUUAGUCAUUGGCUUGUGGGGACUCUCGUAUGGCAUGAUCUACUCGCUCAAAGCACUAAACGCUCCUGAUACUGUGAUAGCGUUGCUGGCCUCAGUCAUUUAUAUACCAGCUAUAGGGCUGUUGAUGCGUGUAAGAAGUGCAAAUAUAUCUAAAUGGAAAGGUCAUCGUGGUACAUUGCAAUUCUCCCAAAGCUAUCAGAUUCGCGAAAAUGUCACCUCUGCAACAUGCCUAUAUAAAUGUUUCGUGGUGUACUCGAUCCAAGUUCUUCUA